UUUUUGUUCAAAUACUUCCGAUUUUUUUUUGAUAAUUUUAAGGUGUUUAUUAAAUUUAAUUGCAACUUUUAAUAAGAAAAUGAGUCAAGAUCAAAGUGAGGGUGAGGAGAUUGUCAAAACGAUUCAAAACUUGGUUGAAAAUGAGGAGGUUUUGCGUGCCAAAAUUUCAUUUGCAACUAUUGUUGAACAGAAAAUGAGCGAGAAAUUGGAACAGCUUCGUGUUUCAAGAAAAGAGGAGAAGGACAAAAUGGAAGCUCAAAAGAAACAAAUUGAAGUUUUGGAGAAAGCUCGUUAUUAUGCUGUGUGUCAUGAACAUAACGUUGAAACAGAGCUGAAACGAAAGCGGACUGUUAUGGGCGAAUUUAAAAAGCUUGUUGAGAGUACUAGUGCGGCUGAUCUGUCCUCGGAAGUUUGUGAAUUGGAUUUGAUCAAGGAAGAUUUUCGUAGUCAAAGGGCUCGCGCUCCAUGGCUUCCUGAAAAACAGGCAAUUUUGGGAGAAUUAAAACAUCACGAAAAUGAACUUGCUCGUCUUCAAAAUGAAAUUUCUCGUACUGAUGGACUUAUUUCUGAACGCGAGGAUUUAUUGGCAAAACACAAGCAGCUUCCAUUCAAAAAUUUUUGUGUUACUUUGGCGAAUUAUUUGCAUAAGACGAGACAAAUGGAUAAUGCAAUGAAGAAUGAGCUGAAAAUUCAGGAAACGGUAUGA